CAAAAAGUUUGCAAAACAGGGUGACCUGUAACAUAAGUGUUGCAAAGAUUUUUAUUCUUUGUCUCACUUUGCAGUGAGAGUCUGUGCAUCGGACUGGUUUGUGUGCUUAUAGCUUCUGAAAGCUGAGAACAGGCCAUUAAGAAAAACACAGUAAAAUCAACCCCUCUGCUUUUUUGCUGUACCUAGAGCAGCAACAGAACGGUUUUUUUGCACGUUAUUUGCAGUAAGAAUCAUGCAGCUAUUAAGAGAUAUUGACAAUGAAUGUAUAAUAUAAUUGUCACCAUAGGAAAAAGAAGCCAUGUAGUUGGGGACCCAACUAACUUGUCCAGAACCAUUGUAGCAACCCAUUGAAUAAAGGCACGUGGAUGCUGUAUAGAAAGGAAGUGAUCAAAACAGGCCCAAACACAGAGAUGGAGUGCCAGAAAAUUAUCAAUUUUGGAAACCAGCUUCUUCGCAGGAAAAACGUGGACUGCACUCGAGAAGACAGUCGGCUCUCGCGAUGCCUCAACACAUUUGACUUAGUGGCUCUGGGUGUAGGCAGCACUUUGGGUGCAGGUGUCUAUGUAUUAGCUGGAGCCGUGGCACGGGAGAACGCAGGACCUGCCAUCGUUAUCUCCUUCUUGAUUGCUGCCUUGGCUUCAGUGCUGGCCGGACUCUGCUAUGGAGAAUUUGGUGCUCGAGUUCCUAAGACGGGAUCAGCUUAUCUCUACAGCUACGUGACCGUGGGCGAGCUGUGGGCUUUCAUCACAGGGUGGAAUUUAAUCCUCUCCUAUGUUAUCGGAACGUCGAGUGUGGCCAGAGCCUGGAGCGCAACGUUUGAUGAAAUCAUAGGCCAGCACAUUGAAGACUUUUGUAAAAAAUACAUGACGAUGGAUGCUCCCGGAGUGCUAGCAAAAUACCCAGACAUCUUCGCCGUGGUGAUAAUCAUCAUCCUAACAGGGCUUUUAAUUUUUGGCGUGAAGGAAUCUGCCCUGGUGAAUAAAGUGUUCACCUGCAUCAACAUCCUCGUCCUCGGCUUCGUCAUGGUCUCCGGCUUCGUGAAAGGGUCUGUUAAAAACUGGCAGCUGACUGAAGAGGACAUUUACAUCACCAACCACAGUAUUUACAGAGAGAAUCAGACACAGGAAGAAAUGCUCUACGGUGUUGGAGGGUUUAUGCCCUAUGGAUGGAAAGGAGUCCUCUCAGGGGCAGCCACGUGUUUUUAUGCUUUCGUGGGAUUUGACUGUAUUGCUACUACAGGCGAGGAGGUAAAAAACCCCCAGAAGGCCAUUCCUAUUGGCAUCGUGGCAUCUCUGCUCAUCUGCUUCGUGGCUUAUUUUGGCGUGUCAGCUGCCCUGACACUCAUGAUGCCUUACUACCAGCUGGAUACCAAUAGCCCUUUACCCAAUGCCUUUAAAUAUGUGGGUUGGGACGGAGCCAAUUACGCAGUGGCUGUCGGUUCCUUGUGUGCGCUUUCUACGAGUCUCCUCGGCUCGAUGUUUCCGAUGCCUCGAAUAAUUUAUGCUAUGGCAGAAGAUGGACUUCUCUUUAAAUUUUUGGCUAAAGUCAACGAGAAGAGAAAAACUCCAGUAAUUGCAACAGUGACAUCAGGGGCCGUUGCAGCUGUUAUGGCCUUUCUCUUCGACUUGAAAGAUCUUGUGGAUCUCAUGUCCAUCGGGACUCUCCUGGCUUACUCCUUGGUGGCAGCCUGUGUGUUGGUACUGAGGUAUCAGCCAGAGCAGCCUAAUUUGGCAUACCAGAUGGCUAGGACAACAGAGGAGACAGAUAACAACGAGUCUGUGAGCACCAGCGAGUCGCAGGCUGGAUUUUUGCCAGAGGAAGAGGAGAAGUGCUCCCUCAAAGCCAUAUUGUGUCCCCCAAAUUCAGACCCUUCCAAAUUCUCUGGCUCGGUGGUGAACGUCUCCACCUUCAUCAUUGGUUUCCUUAUUGUGGGUAGCUGUAUCUUGACUGCCCUUGAGCCAAGCAUUCUGAUAAAGGCAGUAUGGAUUAUUGCUGCCAUCCUUGUUCUCGUUGUCAGCUUCAUUAUAUGGAAACAGCCUGAAAGCAAAACCAAGCUCUCCUUUAAGGUACCUCUUUUGCCCCUUCUUCCUGUUGUGAGUAUUUUUGUGAAUGUUUACCUCAUGAUGCAGCUAGACCUAGGCACGUGGAUACGGUUUGCAGUCUGGAUGCUCAUAGGCUUUAUCAUCUACUUUACCUAUGGAAUAUGGCACAGCGUGGAAGCCACCUACACGGCCUCAGCAGAUGCAGAGAGAAACACGGACGCUGGUUCGGACAGCUGUAAAUGACGGCAUGUUUGGCUUAUGGGCAACUGGGGAAUGGCUGCAGUGAAGGAUGCUUUGUGGUGGGGAUCCUGAACCAGGUUACAUCUGGUUAAUCAGUAAUGCAAGAAUAAGGAAGGGUAAUGCAGGACUCCCCGCCAGCCCUGUCGCUGCAGCUUGCAGUUUGCUUAGUAGCACAGUUAAAAGGGAUCACAAGGAAAAAAGCCACACCUCUGGCAUACUCCCGGCGACACUGUCAGCUAAUCUGGGGCUAUGCGCUUCCCUUCCUCCCUCUUCUGGUUUUUGGUUGUUUGGGUUUUUUUUUUUUUUUUUUUUUCCAGUGUGUAGAAAGAAAACUGCUUCUGUGUGCCAGUUAACCUUCAAUGCUGCUAUGAAACCAGGCCUCACAAAGGUCUUUCUUUCAGUAGCCCCGGGAAUUACCUCCCCACAGAUACUCUACCUGACUAUACAUGGAGCAGAUUUUGCAGUGCUACUGUCACGCUUAGACCAGAUCCAUCCUUCACCCGAUAUGAGCUGUACCCGACGUGUACGCACAAAAAAAAGGCUCUUGCCAAACACCGGCUUUCACCUGGUUAAGAAAGCACCUGCAAGACUUGCAUUCUUUAAAGUAUCAGGUCUCAUAGUUUUUGUUGUAUUUAACUUUUUUUUUAACUACGUACUCAUAUGCUUUAAAGCGCACUGCUGCUGUGAAAUGUUGGGAGGGUUUGUGGUGGCUGCUUGUCGGGUGAAUGGUCGUUUGCCAGCGCGCAGGUAAGGCCAGCAGAUGUUUCUGCUGCCCGUACACUCAGCAGAGGGAUUGCUAGGUUUAGUCAUAAAACUACGUGGUGCAAGUACUUGAAUGGCUCAAAAAGAACGGGUGUCUCCAAAGAGCCGUCCUACCUCUUCGCCUCAGGCAUCACUGGCGGUGCGGCUGCAGUGGUGAGGUGGCUAACGCAAGUGCUCGUGAGCCCGGCUCCGACAACAAGUGGGGACCUAUUUUACUCUCCCCACGUCAGUUUUGUGCGCCGGCCGCGUGGCGUUAGCAAAGGAUUUGGCCAUGAGACUGGUCUGGCGUCAGCAGGUGGAGAGUGUUUCUGCCCCGGGAAGGGGAAGCACAGGAGGAUCCUCAGGGGCUUGAACUUGAUCCGUGAGCAUAGGGUCUGAUGUGCUAAGAGGAGAGCUUUCCCUUUGGGGCUGGAGAUCAUCUCCAGGCUGUUGUGAAAGGUGAGAAAUUUGGAGUUGAGACCAGGGUCUGUGUUUGGACGGCAAUGCCUUGGUUUUGCUGUAGGAUGCAAUUUUUUUUUUUUAAUUCUCUCUAAUAGCUUUUCCCAGCCAAAUUCACUGCCCUAAAAAAGGCUUGUUAAACCGUCAUGAAGGUGGGCCAUGCCCAUGUAAUGCCACUGGUUUAAAUUCAUGCUUCAGCUUGUACUGAAAAAGAAAUUGUAGAAUCACAGAAUGGUUUGGGUUGGAAGGGACCUUUGAAGGUCAUGUAGUCCAGCCUCCCUGCCACGGGCAGGAAUAUCUUUCACUAGAUCGAGUUGCUCAAAGCCCCCUCCAACCUGACCUCAAACACUUCCAGGGACAGGGCAUCCCAAAUAGAUACUGCAGAAAUCCCUUCUCCCAACCUGAGUGGAUGCUGUCCUAGGUGUCCUCCACAUGAACACCAGACAAUCUUUAAUCUGUUUGUCAGCAUGGCUCUCGCUGACAAAGGGGACGGGCUCUUGUCCCCACCGUUCAGAUGGAGAACUGAAGAACAGACCCCCGCAUGACUUGACUAGGGUCUCACCAGGCAUCUGGUGCAGCAGAAAAGGGGAACCAGAUCAUCUCCUGGAUUACACAGCCCGACCGUGGACCAUCUCUCACAGGUUUCCAAGAGAGACUUUAUAGCCUUUCUGCCCACUGAAAACUUUUGAUCUCGGCUUCCUUCUCGUACACUGAGAGGCUCUUCUUGCCAGGGCUGGAAUUGGAGGGAGUGAAGGCAAUGUGUUCAUUGCCUCCCGGGUGCAUUUCAGGGUGCGUUUUGAGUGCAGUUCCCCCCACAAAAUGAAGUCAAGGUCUGCUCCAGUCGCUGGGUCUUGACCUUCUGCCAAGCCUUUGUGCCUUGUGCAUAUAGAAAGUCUUGCUCAAGCGGGGAGAGAAGAAUAUAGAAAUUAAAAGCCACUAGGUUGAGGUCUAUUUUGUUUAAACACAGGCAAGGUUGGUACUCUCCACUGCCUUCCAAAAAGCACUGAAGAUGUGGUGGGAGGGGACGUAAGGAUGUUUUUCCCUACCUUGGGUACCAGAUUCUGAGCAAUUAAGACAUUUAGCAAUGACCGUUUGGGGGUGAAUUCUGACUGGAAGUGUGUUUCCAAAGAAAUUUAUUUAAAAAUAUGCAGAUUUCUUGCUGUAUGUAAUUUUUUUUUUUUAUAAAUGUUAACUUAUUUUUGUUGUCUACUUAGGGAUCUGUUCUGGUAUUUAUAUUCCAUAACUUUGUUUCAGCUUUUGUGGCAUAUAAUAGCAGCACAUAGAAGAAGGGAAAGUCCUGAUGGGGGGCAUUUUUCUCUGAGAAGGUUAAUAGGAAAACCUUCCUGUGUCACCAGAUUUGGUAUUUAAAUGUGCCAUUACCCGUACCAGCCCCAGAGCCACCCGCUGCGGAUUUGCUGCUGGAGGUGAAGAUCCUUAGCCCCAUCUCCCACUCCUCCAUCGUGACUUCUUCAUCCCAUCGGUUCCCUGCAGAACCGGCGGGUGCUGCCGUCGCUCUUGCUCGUUGUUGCUACUCACCACGAAACAAGGCGGUGGAGGGAGCCUGCAGCCCUGCGCGGUGUCGGGGAAGCGUACGUGCCUCCUGGGCUCUCUGUCUACCUGCUUCCCCCGUGUCCUGCUGGACCUGGGGAACCUCCUGCCUUCCCCUUUGCGUGACUUGACCUGGGGAGUGGACUGGUGAGGAGGUGAUGAGUUUGACACAGCUGCGUGCUCCUGCCCCAUCCCCUCCUGGCCACGUCAAGCCCUUGCUUUUAUGUUUUGUAAGCUGAAAGGCAAAUUUAACUGCCUCUUUCUAGGACGACGUCAAGGACUUUGCUGAAUGGGUGGGUUUUUUAUUAUUUUAUUUUUUUUAACCGUCUCCUCUGCCUCCCUGCUGAUGUCUGCAUGUAACAUAUAUCAAGCCAGAUAUCUUUGAAGACAUGCGACUGCUGCUAUAACCUUGCUGUUGUGGACGAUAUGCUUUCAUUCAUUUGAUCUUUUCUUUGUAAAUACUUCAGUCAUUAUUUUAUUAUGAGACUGUUUUGUACAGAUGCAGAGCAUUUUGCUGUAUGAAGAGGUGGGAAUGGAGAAGCGAUGCCUUUGCUCAGCACGAGAAUAGAUCCUUUUCUGCCAAAGCCGAGAGGCGUAGUAAAAAUGGCCUGCCUGAUCUUUCGGGGCAGGCUCUGGCCUGAAGGACUGACCUUGUUUCAGCGUAUUUGGUUGCUCCCGGUCUGCUCGCUUGAGGGGAAGCUGUCGGAAGGGUCCUGCUGACUGCUGGUGGGCAGCAGGCGGAGGUGGGCAGCACCGAGGCUGCAGCUUGCAGUUAUAUAGCAAAUCCGGACACGUAGCCAGCCAGCCUUUCUCAAUGGAAAAUUGCUGUCAAAACAGCUUCCCCGCACACAUACCAAAAAUGAAUUGUUCUGUGCAAAAAUGACUAGAUUUUGCUUAUUUGCUUGCAAUUCUUUGAUCACUGAAAAUCAUUACCGGCUGGGUUUCGGCUUCAUUUCGCCCUUUUCCCAUCCCUCAGGGUGGAGUUUGCCACCGGUUCGGGCGGCGAGUGCCUGUGCUGCAGGCAAAGCGCUGCUGGUUCGGAGCCGAUUGGACCCGUCUGUGCUUGGUCGCAGCGGGGGAAAGGGGGCUGCAGGGGACCACGCUGGUGAAAACACUGCUGGUGCUGAUGCCACGUGUUGCUGUUCAUUGCCGGGGUUUUGGAAGGGUAAAGUUUUAGGUGGCAGUGCUUGCCCUGGACGCUCUUACCCUUUGUCCAUCCCGGAUGAAAACAAAUUCCUAUUCAUAGUGUGCAGAGCGUGCCUGUCACUGCCUGCUGCCUCCAUUCCUGCUAACUCAGAGAUCAGAAAGCAAUAUGAUAGGAUGUUAUAUUUGUAAAAUCUGCUUCUUUAGUGAUUGCAUUUCAUAUACUAAUGAAUUCCAGUGGGAUUUCCUAAAUUCCGCCCCCAGAAAGCCACAUACAAGUGAGCAUUGCUGUCAUCUGCCCAAAUGAAUGAAGGGCGAGACGCAGGUCCAGCAGGCUGGAGGGGCUUGCUUUGAAGGGGAGGAGGAGGAGGAGUGGUGCUGGUUUUCAUGCAGCUGGCUUCCCUGCCGUCCCUCCCUUACACACGUCUCGCCACCCUCCCCUUUCGGAGGAAGCCUCUUCCCUCUGGCAGAAAAAGCAUCUCUAUUUCUAAACCCUCGGAUAACCUCGGGACAUCCGCUGGGCCCAACUUAUAUGGGCAGGUUCCGUUUCUUCCUUCCCCUUACCAAAAAAUUGCACUUGUUCAAGGCUAAAUCGAUAUGUACACAGUGAACCAACACUCGCUGCCAGGCAUGCCGGCAUCCCACAGGCGAGCCGAAGGCAAAGCUGCCUCGCCGGUCGCUCUGCCUGCUGCCGCUCGCCUCGUGGUUUAUCGUUCAUUUCCCACUCCAGCAGCAAUGCCUGCCCCAUAAACCCCCCCGGGCUGCCUUACGCUCUCCGUUAACAGUGGGGUCCCGUGGGGUGUCUGACACCCAGCUGGAAACCAGACGAUCCAGGAACGUCUCUGCUAGCAAGAGCCAGACCUCGAUUUUUCUCAGGGUAUUUGCUCCUGGCUCACGCUCCGAGACGAGAGGUUUGUCUGAGACCUGGCAGCCAGAGGCACCGCUGCCUCCCCACGCCGCGCGGGGCGGUGGUUUCGGCGGAGCGACUCAUGUUUUCAGGAUAACGGUGGGAAGCAAAGCGUUCCCUUGCAGCACGUUGUGCCUUCCAGCUGCGCUGGGUGCAAGGAGCAGGAGGAGCCGCUGGCAGCCCGGAGGCGGUGUGCUGGCAAACCUAGCAUGAGGUUGGGUCAUGUCAGUAAAGGGAUUUUUACUGACCGAAGCCAUGGAAGAGUCUGUAUAUUUUUAUUUUUUAAUUAUUAAGCAAAAUGUAAAUACCUUUCUGUUGUCUGUUUGAUGGUCUAUUUUCCUAAUGAUUUCUCAGAAUUUCUUACGGGCAUGAUGAAUAGUUUUAAUGCUUGUUCUGCAAACAAAUCUAUUUUUUAUCUUUUUUAUCUUUGUUGUGGUCUUUGUUUUGGUUUGAUUUUUUGGGGUUGUUUUUUUACCGUGUUCAUGUAGCGAUUAAAGCCUUAAGUUUUAAAAUGUGAACCUUACCCUCAGAGCACAGCGCAGGUGUGCAGCUACUUUUUAUCCUUGCGACACUGUAAAUACUUCUCCCCUGAACGAUGGUUUUGGAAUUUGGAAAUUCACUUGUAAUUAUGUGGUACAGCAUUAAAAUAUAUUUCUCGAUAUCCAAAUAAA